AAAGGGUUUUGUGGGAAGCGUUCGUUUACUGUUGGUCUAAAUCGCCAAAAUCUCCGAAUCCCCCAAUUCAGGGCGCUCCCGAAUCCCUCCCCUCCCGUAGAAAAAGAGGAUGGAGAAGAAAAUAAGCGAUGCGUUGUCGAUCGACGAAGAGCAGGAGCAGCGAGUCCGAGCUCUCCCAGUCCCGUCGAGGCCUCACGAGAAAGGGGAAACCAGUUUCUACGAGGCCUUCCUCCUCCGAGGAAUCAGAGUCCGUCUCGUCCGACCCGGUUUCCUCUCUUGCACCUUCAAAGUCCCUCCAAGAUUCACUGACAAGGACGGGAACUUGUCGCCGGGGGCUAUAGCAAAUUUGGUGGAUGAGGUGGGGUUUUCUGCGAUCCACUCCGAUGGGCACCCGUGGAAGGUCUCCACUGAUAUCUCCAUCUCCUACAUGGCCACCGCCAAGCUCCAUGAUGAGUUGGAGAUAACAUCGAAGGUUUUAGGUCACAAGGGAGGCUACUCUGGCACGGUUGUGCUGCUGAAGAACAAGCUUGCUUUGUGGGUAGCUUUUUCCAAAAUUGAUGAAAUUUAA